UAUAUGCUGACACGUUGGCAAUGCUUGCUAGCUGCAGGCAAAUAUUUACUGAAUAUUACCCUCUAAAGUGGGCAAUAUACAUUUAUGUACGCCUAAAUCGAGACACAAUAUAGGCAAUUGUUUCCUUCGCUUGUCACUUGGGGAAUUUAAGUGAAUUCUGUUGCACAAAUAUCAUUUUGGCGAAAUUCGGCAUGACCGCGUACAAGGGUGUCACAUUACUUUUGUUGGUAUAUUUUUGGAAUAUCUCUGUAGCGCACGGAGAACUCGAAAGUCCAGGGAAAAAGUAUGAAAGACCGCCGUGGUAUAUCGGCCUGUUUUGGAAUAUGCUUGGCUAUGCGACUGUCAUCGUGCCCGGUGCUAUAAUUAUCCGUCUGGUAAAAAAUUCCAACUUUAAUGAGAGCGCAGGUAAUAAUAUGGGUUAAUUUGUAACUUAUCAAUCGGUAACCACAUAAGUUUGAAUAUCAAGAAAUGUAAUUGUGGUGCUCAAACAAAGUUUGAUUGGAAUCGUAAGCUCUUUGAAUCUUUGAUUAAAUCUUGUGUUGUGGUCACCAUCAACCGUUGGUCGGACCUCUACUCGAGAUCUUAAAAUAUUUGAGGAGAAUAUGCUACCUAAAGCCUGGCUCACAUAUAUAGCUGCGACGUACCGGCCACGAUGCCGAUGGUAGCUUUAAAACAUAAAUUAUGUGAACAUUUGUUUGCCGAUUGCCUCCAGUGCCACAUUUACAUUGGUGGUAUGCCGGGGAAGUUGAUGUGGCUUAACUUUGCCAGUAUUUCGGCGGCAAGUAGAGGCAUAAUGAUACAGUCGCAGGCAUAUGUCAACCAGACUUUACAUUGACAUCAGUAAAUGCAUCUUUUCGUGUAAGGCGUAAAAAAAAAUACCUGUGGUUCCGGUUCCUGACCGACCCUAUUUUUUUCUGCCAACCCUAUUAUUUUUUCAACGCGAUUGACCGUGCGACCCUAUUUUCUAUGGGUGUUUGUGGGCUGCUGCCAAAAUGGCAUCUGUUGUCACACUAAUUAUUGAAAAAACCAUGAAAAAAAUAUUUAAAAAAAAAAUUAUUUCCGACCUACCGACCCUAAUUUUUUCGCGAAAUGAAACCAGAACCACAGGUAUUUUUUUUAGGGCAAUUUAGCCUGUUGGGAAAUCUUCUCACCAAUGAGUGAGCAAAAGCCAAAGCCUUGCUAUUUGAUUCUGAACAAACUAACAGACUAACAAAUUCACCCUCUGAUUAUAAAGUCAUUCUAAGGAAUAUUAAAUAUUUUGAUUUGCCAAAUUAAAUGGCUAAGACAAUUACAACUUUGGACGUAAUUAACAGAUGAUGUUAAUUUUUUAUUUGUCUGCCUAAUUUCCCGUAUUUAUAUUGAGGCCGUUAAUACAACCAACUUGUAUACAACCAACUUGAGUUGUACUGUGUUUAUCAAGCGAACAACUCACCUAUGACAAUGUGCACCCUACUUUAUUAUUUAUACUCUGUCUAACGCCAGAUAAUUUUAAUUGUCAAGGGAAGAUCGCUGGCGCUCAGUGGAUUAAUACAAUGCAGUCAACACCAUUUGUUUUUUUUGCCUUAGGUCGAGGCUUUCUCUUCAACGUUCUUCAAAUCUUUGUGCAUGGACGACCAGAGGAGAAACGGAGCUUGGAAGAAGGUCCGGUCAAGGGCCCCACAGAUGGAAAGGAAACAUCUAUAUUGGGUGUCACCGCGGCAAAGUUGAUAUUUUGCGCUGUAGGUCUGCAGGGGUCGUACCUGACCUGGGGGGUCCUACAGGAACAGAUCAUGACACAGAAGUACGAUGAGCUCUCCGAAGACGGCACACUGCACCAAGUGAACUUUGAAGAUUCGCAGUUCCUGGUUUUUGCAAACAGAGUCCUGGCGUUAGUUGUUGCGGGCGUGUACAUAUCCAUCGCGGAGCAACCUUAUCACACAGCGCCUUUCUACAAGUACUCGUACUCGUCGUUUUCAAACGUAAUGAGUAGUUGGUGUCAAUACGAGGCGUUGAAAUUUGUCAGCUUCCCGACGCAAGUCCUCUGCAAAGCUUCGAAAAUGAUUCCAGUUAUGAUCAUGGGAAAAAUAAUCUCAGGAAAAACUUACCCGUAUUCUGAAUAUUUUGUUGCCGUUUUGCUUUCCUUUGGUACGAGCUUGUUCCUAUUGUCACAUAACGCUGACCACGCCCAUCACGACCAACCGACAACUGUCGUCGGGCUUGUCAUUCUUUUAGGGUACAUGGUUUUCGAUAGCUUCACAUCAAACUGGCAAUCUGCAUUAUUUAAAAAACACAAGAUGUCUGCGAUGCAAAUGAUGUUUGGUACCAACGUCUUCUCAAGUUUGUUUACAUUUUGUUCACUCAUACAAACAGGUGGUUUCCUUCGUUCGUUUUUGUUCAUGUCGAAGCAUCCCCAAUUUUUGUCGCAGAUAUUUGUCCUGUCAAUGACGUCAGCAUUUGGACAGUUGUUUAUAUUCUACACAAUCAAUGCUUUCGGUCCCAUCGUGUUUGUGAUAAUCAUGACAGCAAGAAUGAUGUUCAGUAUUGUGCUAUCCUGUUUCAUUUACAAGCAUACCCUUGCAUCUCAAGCCAUUUUCGGCAUCGUCAUUGUCUUUGGAGCCAUAUCGUAUAGAACCUACUUGAGGUACAAAGCAUCGAAGGAAACAGACAAAGUUUCGACUCAAAACAAAUAGGUGUACAUUAUUUGACUUUUUGAUAAUGAGUAGUUCUGUUAGCAAUUUAUCCUUUAAUUACCGGCAGACAAUUUCAAAAUAAAAGAUGAAACACUGAAUAUUAACAUCUUGUAAACUCACGAUUCGAGCCAUUUAAUUUCAAUGUUGACAAUGACUUUGGAAUGAAGUUGAAAUAUUGCCUUAAAUUUGUUAUCUUGUUUAACCCCUUGAGCCACAAUAUGCCCUACUUAUUUUUUGUACUUGUCUAAGUGUCUAAUGCCAGACGAUUUUACUCUUCGAUGGGGAAGCUUUGCAGCUUAAUGGAUUAACCAUUAUAACCAAUAAAUCUGACAAUCUGUCUCCAGUUAACCCAUUGAGCCGCAAUGUGCCCCAGUGCGCCCUACUUAUUUUAAUUUUUUUUACUUGUCUAACGCCAGACGAUUUUACUCAUCAAUGGGGAAGCUCUGCAGCUUAAUGAGUUAAAUAAUUAGACAGCUCCAUUCUUAAGUUUAGCGUGUUUCACUGUGGAAAAUUAGCAGGUCAUUUCAAUUCUGACAUUGUUUUGUGUGACUUGUGGAGAUAAUAGCUGAAAUAAUACAAUUUGCAUGGCUGGGCUUAACAAAAAAUAUUGUGUGGCAGGGUCUGAAAUUUGCAGUAUCCCAAUAUCCAUGGGAUACUAAAAUUUGGUUUUGGAUACCAAACUGUAAAUGACUUAUAUCCCAACUGGAUACUGAGAAAAUUUCAAACAUUAGGGAAAUGUUAAGCAGCUCUGUAAUUGUAACAUUGAGAGUCAUGGAAACUUAUUUGAAUGGUAUAAUACUAGUAUCCAGAAGUGGGAUAUACCAUACUAAACUUUGAAUCCUGGUAUCCCAUUUGGAUACUGAGAAAAAAAUUUGAAUUGCAGACCAUGUGUGGUUCCACUUUUGUAUUCUGAAAAGAAUCGUGUAGGUAUUUGUUUUGAGUGUCUGUUUGUAUUGCCACAGCACACAAACAUUUCAAGAAGCAAUAAACUCUAAAGUUUAGAUGUACUGUAAAUAAUUGUUGUAUUAAAGAAU